AUGGGAGUCCAACAGUCCCUACAGGGACAGGCGGCUCAAGGUGCCUUCAGUCCCAAGGAGCUCUACAACCUCAAGCAGGUCUAUUUCUACCUCUGCCUGCACACGACGACAUUGACAUCUUGUCCACUUGACAGGAAUCAGUUUCACUCCCUCUUUGCGAACCAUCGGCAGUACAAGCCCCUUUGGCGCGCCCUCUUCUCCGCCAUCGACUUCAAUGGUGACAACAUCAUCGAUUUCGAGGAGUUCUUGACAUUCGUCACACAGUUGAAACGAGGAGGAAUGGAGGCAAAGCGACGGCUUUGCUUCAGACUCUUCGAUUCAAACCAGGAUGGCUACGCAGAGAAGGGGGAUUUCCGCGGCAUCUUGGAAACAAAGAUCGCAGCCCUGAGGCGUCCCUCGUGGCAGACCACGUCCAGCGUUGCAGCCGGCACAGACUCUGCUCCCGACGAGUACAUGCAGUUCUUCAACAUUUGCGACGAGGACGCCGAUGGCAGGAUCAACUACGAGGACUUCGAGACGUACUGUGCCGUCCAUGGCGAGUCCAUCGUCAACCAGACGUUGAAGAUCCUCGAGGUCAUGUUUGACGGAGUUAUCGAGGAGACGGGCAUUAUCAUAACUGCCACGGACGUCCGAAAUACGAAGCCCCACAUCGACUGGCAGGACCACCGGAUGAACAUGGGCUCCCUGUUCUGCUGCAGCUCUUCCAGCCCUGUCUUCACAACUCCUCCCGUGGCGUGA